AUGGACGUUGAAGAUAAGAGCAAGGAAGUCGAUAAGCCGACAGGGAACGACGAUCCAACCUCCGUUGCUGAUGAUAAUGUUGCGAAAAUGGCUGCGCUGAACAGUGAGGCCGAAGAUGAACAAACUGAAGCUGCAGUUGUAACUUCAUCCGAAGACGUUCGCCCACCAGCAGCUAAGCGUCAGAAGACUGACGAUGUGGAAUCGGAGCCAGCCCGGCGCCGCUCACCAAGUCCAGGACCGAGUACAUCGUCGCAGCCUGGGCCCAGUACUUCAGCUGUUGCUAGCCCUGCGUUCCGACGAGAGGAUAUGGCAUGGGUGCCACCAACCGCUCCACCAAAAUACCUCUCACGCUUCAAGGAACUCCUCAAGCAGACGAACUGUACGAUGGAUAUAUUCAUCAUGCACGAGGCGGCGCUUGACCCGAAUUUCAAGAUCGAAGACAUCCCGAAGACUCCAUUGGAAGAAGUGGUCGAAAAGCAAUGCAAAGUGGCAUUUUGGGAUUUGUUGAAGGAAGAUUUGAGCAGCAACCCGCCCAAUUAUAACUACGCCUUCAACGUGCUGUUAGAUAUCAAAGAGUUCAUCCGCAGCAAGCUCAUCUUCCGCACGUCGAAAAGUCAUGGGGCGCAGACGAUCUGGUAUAAGCUGAAGGACGUGAUCGAUGAUGACGAGUUGAAGGAUCAGAUAAAAUCUGGGAGGUUCGAUAUGAAACGGACGGUCAAUGGGAUCGCCGAUGUUCUUUCGCGGCUUUGUGCCCCCGUACGUGAUGAGAAGGUUGUUGAACUCCGCAAAGAAACGAAUAUGAUAGAAGCCUUGAAGAAAAUCUUCGAAAUGUUGGACCUAAUCGACCUCGACAUCACCAACUUUUUGAUCAAAGCCACGCGCCAAAUGCUGGUAACUGAUGCUCAGAAGAACGAGCGUGAGUGGUUUGAGAAGAAACGGGCCGAUGGCGGGGAUGUUCAUCUGAGAAGGUGGUUGACACUGGCAGUGAAAGAGGCGGACAAGAAUCCACCUUCGGCAAGUUCAGCAACACCUGAGACCCCUCAGGCUAAAACUCGUCGAAUAACGAGUCGUGGAUAUGUCAAAUUGAUCCAAUCCGGAAAACUGCAGGCUAUCCCGGAGACGCUUCUCUUUGACAUGAUGCGGAUCGCUGGGUAUGCCGAAAAAUUCCUUCAGAUGACCAUCUGCACUGCAGCUCUAUCGAUAUCCAUCAACGUGGCCGGGAAGGAAUAUCUGAAACAUGAUGCGGUUAACCUGAAGAACAAGCUCAUCAUCAUCUCCAACGAUAUCGAUUUUGACAAUCUGCCUCACGUGCUGGAGCUUCUGGCUGAAGAGUCCGUUCGGGAAGUCCAGGAUUAUGCUCUCGCCAAUGAUAUCGCCAUCACAGCGCAGCGUUUCGCAGAACUCAAGGCCCAGAUCCGUGCUCUCGUCGACCCCAACAACGCCGUUAGGAAUCUAAUUCGUUCGUCUACACUCAUUUGCUUUAGUCCUGGUUUAGAUGAACGGGUUUCGUUGAUGCUUGAAAGGCUGUUGGCAGAAGGAGAAGAUGUGAAGCCACCUUCCGUCCUCGAGCCGGUGCAGCAGGAAUUGCGAGCUUUGAAGCAACACUUCACACAUUUUUGCCGCUACAACCAGGACGCGUUUAUGGAGAUUUACACGGAGAUAAUUAGCGAAAUCGAGGCAGAGAAUCAACUUGCUGAGACGAUUGCGGCUGACGUUGCAGGCACCUCCACG